AUGAGCUCCCCAAUCCCCAUGCCAACAGCCCGCCAAGCGGAGUUGCAUGAUCGGUUCAAGCAAUAUCUCAAUCGCGAACGCCAGGGCCCUCCGAUCGAAGUACUAAAGGCGGCGAAAGCACUAGUCCAGGAGGAAGGCCUCAAUCCCUACCAUGCCGCACACUUGCACAUGAAACUGGCCGAAAUCCCCGAAAUGGGGCUUCACCAUGCCACAGAGGGCGUCAAAAUUCUCACACAGCUGAUAAAAACCAAUGACAGUGCGGACACCGAGAAGCAGUUGCAGGAGGCAACAAAAAUAAUGCUAGAAAGGCAAAAGGUCGAGACCGCCUGGAUCGAGAGCCAGAGUACAAGGCCAUUGGAGUGCAGAGCGGCGGCUUUGCGAAAUCGUUAUAUGGUUUUCUUUUACUCCCUCGAACAAGAUCAGUCAUCCCCCAGUGAACAGGAACAAAAGGAGCAGGACCCUUUCAUGGAUGACUCCAAUGUUAAAAGGGCGAGGACCGCCGAUUCGGGUGGUGAGAAGGAAUACAAGGAGCAGAAAGAGAAGGAAGAUUCGUAUGAAGAUGCAUGGGUAAUACUUGCUUUGUGA